AUGUCCCAAUGUCUUGAACCAGAAGCCGGGUUGUUCAACCUCCUCGGCGAUCUUCUUACAAACUCCACCUUGUUCGUGACGGAUGUCUCCUGUUUCUCUAUAUCAGAUCACAAUGCAGUCGCGUUCCGCUGUCUUGAAUGUAGGAUCCGUCAUGACGAUCGCAGAGCUUGUCCCCGUUGGACUUGA